AUGGAAGCAUGCUGCAGCUCGAGGUUCGGCGGCAGCCCCCAUCAGGAGAGUCAUCCCAAUCCUCAUUUGUUGGGAGUUAUGGCGUACAAGAAACGGGGCGAGGAAGGAGAAUCGCCCUAUGCUAAGCCAGCUACUAGGUGGGUGAAACUGAAUGUGGAUGGAUCAGCAUGUGGUAAUUCGGGUUUUUCUGGAGGUGGCGGUAUUUGCAAAAGGGAUGAUGGCAGUUUUGUUUUUGCUUUCUUGUCUGCUUAUGGGGUUGGUUCGAACAACAAAGCGAAGCUUCGGGCUAUUUAUGAUGGUAUUGUCCUUUGUCUAGAUAGAGGUUUUUCUAGAAUUGUUGUUGAAACCAAUUCCAUGGUCGCAAGGGGCCUGCUGUCUGGGACUUCUACCACCCCUUGGAAAUUGAAGCCUUGGGUCUCUAGGAUCAAAAGUUUGGGACGAACAGCUAAUUUUGUCUUCUCGGUAAUUCCCAGGGAAGGAAAUGGCCCAGCUGACGGCAUGGCUAAGGAGGCUAGUGGGACCCAGGCGUCCCUCCCUCCCCACAUCCGUGGGCUUCUAUUCUUAGAUAAGAUCGGGUUAGGUGUUGUUAGAGAUACCCGAGUGAAGAUGUAA